AUGACGGAGACGUACGGACCUAUCACCAAAGGCUACCACAUGCCAUCAUGGGAUAGUCUUCCCCCCAACGAAAAGUAUGCCAAGAUGGCCCGCCAGGGUCAUGGCUUUUUGACGAGUCUGCCGAUUCGUGUAAUCAAGCAAGACCAACCGGAGGGUGUUCUGAUCGACGUGAUGAAGGACGGAAAGGAAAUCGGCGAGAUCAUCUUCAAAGGUAACAUUUGUUGCAAGGAGUACUACAAGGACCCUGAGGCAACCAAGAAGCUCUUCGCCGGGGGUUUUUUGCACUCGGGAGAUCUCGCAGUGAUGCACGAAGAUGGAGCCGCGCAGAUCCUAGAUCGUGCCAAGGACAUCAUCAUCUCAGCCCUCGAGGGCAUGCUCGUUCAGCAUCCCGAUCUUCUGGAGGCUGCCGUCGUCGCGAUUCCUGACAGUCAUUGGGGUGAACGUCCAAAGGCCUACGUGACAGUCAAGGAAGGCAAGAGCCUCCAGCCGGAAGACCUCAUAUCGUGGGCAAAGCACCAAAGCAACAUUAGCAAGUUCAUGGUCCCACGCGAAGUCGAGGUCGUGGACGAGCUUCCGAAAACCAGCACAGGAAAGCUGAAGAAGAACGUUCUGAGAGAAUGGGCAAAACAUGGGCGUAAGGAAUGA